AUGUAAAAUUUAGAAAAACUAAACUAUCAAGAAAUUGCUUUCAAAUUUUGGAAUAAAAUAGAAGAAAAUUCUACUCUGAUAAAAGUCUAGACUACUUAAGAAAAUAUUGGAUUAAAGACUUAACUAUUGAAGAUAUUAUAACAACCACUUUUGGAAUUAGAUUAUUUAUUAGAUGAAGUUGCAAUUCAAAAAGAAAAAAGAGAGAAGCUGUUAUUGAAGUAGUUAUUGAUGCAAUAAAAGAAUUGAAUCUUACAAGUUAUGAUUUUUAUGAUGAGUUUAUAAAUUAACAUCAUGAGAAAUAAAUAGAAAAGUUGAGAAAAUUAGGAAAAUCUAUUAAUAUUGAUCGUUUUCUACAUGAUUUAAAAAAAUAUUCAACUAACCUUGCGAAAGCAAUGAGCAUGAAUGAAAUGACUUAAGUAUAAUUUUAACAAUAAGGAUUAUUAUAUAAAGAAGAAAAAGAAAAGGAAAAAUGGCUCAAUGAUUUUUUUAAUGAUGAUGAUUAAUUUGGAUCUUAUAGAAAAGAUAUACGAAGUUGUUCUCUAGUUUAAUCAAAUGGUGCUAACUUUUAAUUUACCUAUAAAUCAAUAUAAGAAUUCUUAAUUGCAGCUGAUUUAUAUGAAGUGUUAGUUAUAUCAAAAGAUUUUGAUAUAUAAAUAUUGAAUACUAUAAUAGAAAUUUUGUCAAAAGAAAAUAAUCAAGAUUAGGAUUGCUUACAGUUUCUGGAAAAAAUAGAUGUAAAAUAUUCUUAAACUUUUAAUUAAAUUGAGAAUAUAUCACUUUUUGAAAAAUUAAAAUAAUUUGAUAUGUUUAAAAAGACUAUUAAUUUAAUUACUCGUUUGAUCGAAACCAUAAAAUAGCAUGAUAUUAAUUCUGUUAAUUAUUCCACGGAAAUCUAUGCUGAAACAAGAUAAUAUUUCAUUAAAAAAAUAUCACAAGAGGUUAGGAUAUCAGAAUUUUUGAAAUUCUUAGUUCAUCUCACUAAGAUUGAUAAUUUAUUUAUAAUAAGUGGAUCUAAUGCAAUUAAUAUAUUGGUUGAAAUGUAGGUGGAUCUAACAAACUAAAAUUUUGAAAAUAUAAGAAUAUCAAAUACUUCAUUAUUUGGAGGUAAUUUUUCAAAAUGCAAAUUAUCUAGGUAGUUUUGA